AACGACACCCUGUGAGCUGUAACACGAUUGGCGCUUGAUCGAAAACCCUGCGCGCAAUCUGCCAGUUUCUUUUGAAUCACAAUGCUCAGGUCCACCUAUAUCCCACCCCCUCCGUUACCGCCAGGAUGGACCGAACAUAAAGCUCCUACAGGUCAUCUGUAUUACUACAACUCUCAGACCAAACAAUCCACCUAUACCAGACCUCAAGCGGCUCCCGUACAACCUCCCCCAUCUGCACCGGCACCGGUACCCACGAACAAUGCGCCAUUUCUGACGCCGGAUACACUCCCUCCUUUCUCCUCGACACCAUAUGCCCCUCAUGGGUUUGGGUAUGGCGCUGCAUCUCAUGGAGCGUCACAUGACGGUCAGUCUCGCGGAGGGUUUCGUGGUGGAAGAGGAUACCAUGACCGCAAGCACCGGGGACCAGAAGAUCGACCAAAAACGAAACACGAUAUCCCAGGAUGUGCCCCAUGGGUACUCGUGAAGACUAAAUUGGGGAGGAGAUUUGUCCAUAAUCCAGAAUCAAAUGAGAGUUUCUGGAAGAUUCCCCCGGAGAUCUUGGUGGGAGUAGUCGAGUACGAUCGCUUGGAGAGAGAGGCCAAAGAAAGGAAGGCGCGGGGUGAAGAGAUGGAAGAUGUCGCGAAACAAGAACCUGAACCUGCACCCGUGACUUCCGCUCAACAAAAGCCUGAAGAAGUGGGAACCGAGGCUGCUGUGGAGGCUGGAGAAGAAAGCGACGAGUAUGAAGAAGUAGAAGUCACUGAUUCCGAGGGCGAAGAAGAACAACCUUUCAAGCGACCGAGGACCGAUGGAGGAGAUGAGCAACAGCAAGCCAUGGAAUUUACGGAAGAAGAUAUGGAAUAUCAAUUGGCAGCGAUGGGAGAAGAAUACGGUCUCGACCCCGGGGAGUAUGGCGAACCCGGAGAAGACGAAUGGGAAGAGGGUGCAGAAGGGCUUCCCCUGACGGAGGAUGAUGCCACGGCUCUGUUCCGGGAUCUCCUCGAUGACUAUCACAUCAAUCCAUUCUCCACGUGGGAGAAGAUCAUCGAAGAAGGUCGCAUCAUUGAUGAUACCCGCUACACUGUGCUCCCGAACAUGAAGACACGUCGUGAGGUAUGGUCCAACUGGACUCGUGACCGCAUCCAAGACAUCAGAGAGCGCAAAGCGAAGCAAGAAAAGAAGGAUCCGCGCAUAAAAUACCUGGCCUUCCUCCAGGAACACGCUACCCCCAAGCUAUAUUGGCCCGAGUUCAAGCGGAAGUACAGAAAGGAGCCGGAAAUGAAGGACUCGCAACUCUCGGAUAAGGAUCGAGAAAAGUACUACCGUGACCUGGUUUCUCGGCUGAAGCAGUCGGAGAGCACACGGAAGUCGGACCUUUCAGCACUACUCAAAUCUGUGCCACUACACGAACUGAAUCGAUCGUCCAACCUGGAAGCACUCCCUUCCGCUAUCAUUACCGAUCUCAGAUAUAUUGCGCUUGCGCCCAGAACGCGUGACCCGCUUAUUGAAACCUACAUCUCCACCUUGCCUCCUGCGCCGGAAAGCGACAUGACCGCCGAAGAAAGAGAAGAACUAGACAAGAGGAAGGUGGAACGCGACAGGCGCGAAAAGGCGCUGGCCGAACGAGAGAAACAGGUUCAAGAGGACAAACGAAAGCAACGGGGUGAGCUUGUCCGUAGUAAACACCUUUUAAAGGAAGGUGAGGCGGAGAUUGAGGAAGCUAUGCGAGUCAAUAAGGGAGGGCUCCGAAGCUAUAUAGAAGCGGAAGAUCAGUCUUCGAAGGGCGAAGGCGAGAACGCCGGUCAACAGCCAUGAAAAUCCGAGGCAGGCAGCCCGUGCGAUCUAUAGAAAGCAUACUGACGAUUGCAAAUGACUGUAAAAAAUACAUGC